UGAGAUAAAAUGUUGAAAUUACCUUUUUUAAUCCCAUGCCGGAAAUAAAAUUCCAUAAACAUAAACUAACAAUAAACAGUAUUUUUUAUUAAUUAAUGUUAAUUAAGAUUAAUGAAUACUGUAAGAAAUGUAUUGGACCUAAUUAUAAAAUGUUACCAUUUUUCUUCGUUUUUUUAACACUAGAUCAUUUAAUUAUUUAUCAUCAUUUUAAACAUGACAGGCUUCUUUUGAUCUGCUUGUGCUGUGCUUUCUUUAAAAAUAAAUGCAACUUGGCUUGAUAUUUUAUUUUCAGAUGCAAUGACAUUCGUGCAUCUUUAAGAGUGACUUAAGUGUCCAAAUAUUUUUUUGAUAUUUUAUAUAUAUUUAGACAUGCUGUAAAAUCAUCUCAGCCUUUAUGAAAUUUAUUUUGAUAUUUAAAUAGUUUUUGAUACCACUAUUUUUUUUUGGAUGAAAUAUUUUUUAUACUGUGGCAAAGCUUGCCUGAUUGCUCAGGGAUGCAAUCCAAGUGUUCUGUGUAUAAUCUUCUGUUCUUAAAGGGGAUGAGAGAGACAUUCAAAUGUUCCUGCAUAGAUGCAAACACAACCUCAAAGAGGUUCUUAUAGGAUCAUGAUGCACAUCAACGUCGUGCCUUAAACACAAGACACAUCUGCCAACACAGCUAAUCACUCAAUGACUUUAUGCAGCGCUUUCUGAUUGUUACAACUGUGGUUAAUGUGUUUCUGUUACAUGAUAAUAAGACUCAGAUUUAAUGCUGAUGAUAUGAAACCCUAAAUAACAUACUUUCCAUUCUUAAAAAUAAAGGUUUUCAAUGGAGCUUCUUCUUAUUAAGAACUAUUUAUGGCUAUGUAAGGUUCAUGAGUUGGCUAUAUAUAUAUAUUUUUUGGAAAUUAAAGUUUUUGAUGUUCUAUUAUAGGUUCUUCAGAUCCAUGUUUUGGUUUCCAGAUUCUUUAAAACAUCAGUAAAAGAUUUCUAAAUAACUAAAAACUUAUUAGUAGGCAUCAAGAUGUUACUACAGGCAGGUGAACAAGCUAAUAUUUACUUUACUCAAAUUUGAGGUUGCAUUAAGAUUUUUAAAUGUUUGAAUAAAGUAGGCAACAUAUAAUAUAUUUAAUAUAUUAAAAGUAAUUUUUGUGAUUUAAGAUAUUUAAUCAAAUUAACCAUACUCUUCAACGCGAAAGCAAGCAUAUGGGCGGGACUUCCGGUUUAUUUGCCGCAAUAUUGAAAUAACAAGAAUAACAACGUGCAGUAAAUGGUAAAACUGUUUGCACUACAAACCAAUGUGUUCAUAAUUAUGAUAAUACAUUAAAAUAAUAUGAUAAGACACACCAAUUCGCAUUGUCAAGCAGCAAAACCAUCUGUUUUGUACCUAAAAAUAGCUGGAGGCAGAUGAGACCGGAAACCACACCCAUAAACUGUACAAAUAUCCGCGCUCACUCUAACGUGAAAAAUCCAUUAAAUGUUGUACUAAAUAAUUUUUAGCAAUCUUUAGGCUUUCUAAAAUUAAAUAUUUCUAAAUAUAAUUUUAAAAAAUAUGGCUAAGCAAAUGUAUUAUCCUAUCAUUUAGUUUGCUACCUCUAUGCAAAACCUUUAUUUUUAAGAGUCCAUUCCCACACAGAGAUCCUUUAAUAUGUAAUAUUUAAGUUUUUUUUAUUCAAAGCAAACCAAAACAUGAAGUGCCUCGACGUUUGUAUGCAUGUGGAUGUUUGUUUGAGCUCUAAAUAUUGUACAGCAGCAGGAUGUUUGUGUUGUAAGCGCUCUCAAAUUUGUUUUCAAGUAAUAUUUCCGCAUGUUUUUUAUAGGAAUAUCAGCUCAUGUGCAGAGCAGGACCCGUGGGAGGUUUUGUUUUGGUUGUUAUGGAGCAUUAAAUAAAAACUGCAUUGACUAAACUGAGCGUGUAGCGCCGCAUGUUGGUGAAUCAAAUGAAUUGUUUACAUCACCAUGACAGCCGCUAGUGUUUGUGGUCUCCAUGGAGACCGUUAUAAAUAAACCUCCUCAGGGAAGCAAGACAGUCCCGUGAGAGAACAACUUACCUCAUUUUAUUUACUCAGAUCUUUAUUUGAAGAUACAUUUAAUUAACAAGCUAUUAUGUCUAUUAACACAAGACACGGGCUCCCUUUCCUGCCAGGAAACACUUUUCGGGAUUUAACGAAAUCCGCUUUCCACAGAGCUCAGACUCUUGAUUAUAAGAACGGUUACGCUCUGCCCCGGCGCCCCGCGGUCGGUACCGGACAAGAUCCGCUGCUGUCGGUGAACAUCAGUCACAGCGAGAGGAACCAGUUGAUCAGAGACAUCCCGAACCUCACCUAUGGGACCGACACACACCGACCCCUACAGCUCGACUUCAUACCGGCACACGCUGCUUAUGACAAGAAGGUGCUGCGCUUCUACGGUUACUUCCGUCAGGAAGUAUUGCACUCCCCAGAUGAGCAUUUCCGCAUUCGUCCGGUGGUGAUAUAUUAUCACCUAGAGGAUGACAGCAUGUGUGUGACCGAGCCACCGGUGGAAAACUCAGGAAUUCCACAGGGGAAACUGAUCAAACGUCAGAGACUGACUAAAAACCAGCAUGGAGAUCUGUACCACUGGAAAGACCUCAACGUCGGGAUGGACAUGAGUCUGUUUGAAACGGUCUACAGGAUAACACACUGUGAUCCCUUUACACAGGAGUUCAUGGAGAGUCAGGGAAUAGUACUAAAUGAGUCGGAGUCCAUCCCCAGUGACCCGUACACUAUCCGGCGCGCUCAGGCACAACAAACACACGUCAUACCCUACGACCACAACCAUCAGUUGGAGCGCUUCCUCACCCUGGAUCGACAGGUUCUGCGUUUCUAUGCGCUCUGGGACGACUCGGACUCACUCUAUGGGGAGAAACGGCCUGUAACGUUGUAUUACUAUCUGGUGGAUGAUUCUGUUGAAAUUUGCGAACAUCAUGAGGCCAACAGCGGCCGGGACCCAUUCCCAGUGCUGUUCCGCAGACAGAAGAUUCUCAAAAACAUCAAAUCAACCUGCGAGCCUUUUCCCAGGUGUGUUCUGGAAGUUUCUCCACAAGACGUGAAGGAUUAUUUUUCUCCUCAAGACUUCAGGGUCGGUGAGGAGGUCACGCUGAUGGGGAGGCGCUUCCUGCUGUAUGACUGUGACGACUUUACCCGCAAAUACUAUGAACAGAAUCACCCCGACAUCUUGCUCAAACCAUUCACUGUAGACACCAGAACACAGCAAGACAUCAAGAGGGUGAUUCCUCCGUAUAACGGCUUCGGUUCGCUGGAGGACUCGCUACAGAACUGUCUGUCCCUGAUUCCUGAACCUCCCAAGAAAGACGUGAUUAAACUGCUGGAGAACGACAACAAAGUCCUGCGUUACGUCGCACGGCUGGAUUCCCAGAAUCCCCUGGAUGAGGGCCGACGCUUCAUUCUGUCUUAUUACCUGUCUGAUGACAUGAUCAGCAUCUUUGAGAAAUCAACACGGAAUUCCGGCAUCAUCGGAGGAAAAUUCCUAGAGAAGACUCGUGUCCCCAAACCAGGAAGCUCUGUGGAAAACCCGGAAUACUACGGACCUGCGGACUUCUCCAUUGGAGCGACUGUGGAGGUGUUUGGUCAUCGGUUCGUCCUGACGGAUGCUGAUCGUUAUGUGUUGAGUUAUCUGGAGUCACUGUCCCAUCACAUCCCUGAACACACGCUUUCUUCGCUGAGGCGGAAGUUUGGAGUCAGUCAAAGCUUAGACCAGGAGGAACAACAACCUACAAUGCUACAAAAAGGUGAGACUGAUGGAGCUGCGCUCAUCCUCCAGAGCUGAAAUCUGCUCUAUUAUGCUUCCCAUCGUCACAAAAUACCGACAGAUCGUUAAAUCAUCAGUGAAAUCUUUUUUUUUCCAUGUUUGUGCUUUUUUGUGAUGUUAAUGUACAAUAAAGACUGAAAGAAGGAAAACAAGGAUUUGUGAAACGAAUGAAUAUUUUUAAGGCUCAUUUAUGUACAAUUUGACUAUUUAUAAACAUGUCUACAUCCUAUUUCACCACAAAAUUAGAA